AUGAAGGAAUCGAAGCAUCAAAGAUCAUACUUACAUGUAUAUGUUUCAAUUCCCUCAGGCUUUCUAGAAUUUGUUGCUACGGUGGCGACGAUUGUCGAGAGAGAAGAGAGAACGAGAGCAAUUCGGUUAUGUUAUGGCAUCAAUGACGCAGAGGCAUUUUCUGAGCGGUUGAAAAGAGAGCUUCAAGCUUUGGAAGCAGCAAAUGUGCAUGUAAUUUUGGAGAACGAGGCAUUAGUUAAUGAGGGAAAGGGAGAUAGUAGAUUUAUUGACCCUAACAAAACAACAAAAACUUUAGAAUUCGAGGAGACCAGCAGUGGUGGUUUGUUUGUAUCUGGAAAGGACAGAAAAUCAAUUGCAUCUCCGGGUCGAGGUAUUCUUGCCAUUGACGAAUCAAAUGUAACAUGUGGAAAAAGGUUGGCAUCCAUUGGACUUGACAACACGGAAACAAACAGACAGGCUUAUAGACAGCUGCUGCUGACCACUCCCAGCCUUGAUGACUAUAUUUCUGUUGCCAUUCUCUUUGAAGAGACACUUUACCAGUCAACUACAGAUGGAAAGAAGUUUGUGGACUGUUUGCGGGAUGAGAAUAUUGUGCCGGGUACCAAAGUUGAUAAGGGUUUGGUUCUGCUACCGGGAUCCAACAAUGAAUUUUGGUGCCAGGGGCUAGAUGGAUUGGCUUCUAGAUCUGGAAUGCAAAAUGAGGAUAAUCCUGUUGGGACUGGAUAUAGUUUUGUAGAGCAGGAUGAUAAAAAUCUGCUUGUUCAAACUGAUGUUGAGGUUCCAAAUGAUUUAACUACAUUGUUGAUAGAAAUUUUUAAAAGAAAUGAGAGCCUCCAAAACGGUCCUCUUUAUGUGGUGGUAGAGUCUUAUGGAGGAAAAUAUGUUGUCACUCUUGGAUUAUUAGCACUGAAUGCAAUAGAGGUACGAAAAUUAAAGCUCAAGUUAGGAGUGAUAUGGAGAAUGGACGUGGAGAAAAUGAUAGGAAUGGGUGUUGAACAGCACCCGAAUUGGCUCUCCCGAUACAGUCUCAAUUACAAGUAG